AUGUCUGGAAUGAUGCCAAUGGAGAACGAGCGCGGCCAGGGUAUGUCCCAUACCACAGGCGAUUCCAAGGUUCCCACAGCCGUGCAGCGAAAGGCACCCCAAGGUCUUGAGGAGAAGCUUCCCGAGGCUAUCCAUCCUACUGGCUCCGAGCCUGGCCAGUCCACCAACAAGUCGCACGCCAAGGGAGGAGGUGAGGCUUCCAUUGUUCCUCAGAAGCUUCAGGAGAAGCUGCCUGAGAGUGUGGAGAGGGCUGUACCCAAUGCCAUCCAUGACACUGGCGAUACGGGUGGCCUGCACAGGAAGCAGUAG